AGAAGAGACGUCGGCUGCCCCGCCUCCUGCGGUGCAUGAUGGUCGAUGUCCUGUUGGUAUCUGCCGUUCGUGCUGUUUUCCUCCCGGUUCCUCCGGUGGUCCUGUGAUGGUGGAGAGGAGAAGAGCCGGCCGCUGUGCUUCACACAACAGCUAGCCUCCUGGGCGGCGAGUCCCGAUGCCAUGGCCUCCAGCCACGGCUCCUCCCCAGUCCCUCGUGGAGGCCGAGGUGGGAUCUAUCGCAAGGAGCGGGACGCCCCGCCGGCCCGAUGCCGGUCCGUCCGCUCGCUGCCCGACGUCUGCCCGAAGGAGCCCACCGGUGGGGGGCGGGGCCUGUGCGACGGCCCGUCCGUGGUGGCGGAGCACGACAGGUGGACGGUGUACAGCUCGAAGGUCAACCUCCCCGCCGCGCUCAACGACCCGCGGCUCGCCAAGCGGGAGUCCGACUUCUUCACCAAAACGUGGGGGCUGGACUUCGCAGAGACGGAAGUGAUGCCCUCCUUCUACCUCCCCAACAUCACCAGGGAACACUUCGGACCUUACCUGCAGGAGACGGCUCAGAAGGAAAGAAUCCACGAACGCUGCAAGACAAUCUGUCCCAACAAAGACGAUGUGGACGCCGCCUCCAGCGUCGACGCCAGCCACGAGAAAUCCAGAGCGGAGCUGGAACAAGUGCCGAAGAUGUUCAUGAGGCCUGAAUUCGCUCUGGAGGACUCGGCCACCUUCAACAGCGUGCUGCCCUGGUCGCACUUCAACAGCGCCGGAGGGAAGAGCAGCAGAGACGUGGCCUCCUCCAAGCUGCUGCAGGAGAAGCUGAGUCACUACCUGGACGUGGUGGAGGUGAGCAUCGCCCGGCAGAUCUCGCUGCGCUCCGAGGCCUUCUUCCACGCCAUGUCGUCGCAGCACGAGCUGCAGGACCGCCUGCAGGAGACGCAGCGGGCCGUGGCCGUGCUGCGGGGCCGCACCGCCGCCAUCGAUCGCAUCAUGUGCCGGGGGCCCCUGCAGGCGCUCCGCACCGCCCUGACGCGCAACAACUGCGCCAGGCUGCACAACAAGCUGAAGCUGAUGGCGGCGGUGCACCAGACGCAGCCCACCGUGCAGCUGCUGCUCUCCACCUCAGAGUUCGUCGGAGCGCUGGAGCUCAUCUCCACCACCAAGGAGGUGCUGCAGCAGGAGCUGCAGGGGAUCCACAGCUUCAGACAUCUGGGCUCCCAGCUGUGCGAGCUGGAGAAGCUGAUCGAUAAGAUGAUGGUGGAGGAUUUCAGCAUGUACGCCCGCAGCAACCUGAACCGCAGCCUGAGGGACGAGCCGCUGGUCCUGGAGAAGGUCCACAGACCUAACGCUGACUCCCAGAAGGAGCGUCUGGAGUCCCUGGUGUUCGGCCUGCUGCGCCAGAGGAAGCUGGACUUUCUGGAUAUUUACAGCGAUGAGAUGAUCUUUGCUGCUAAGGCCAUCGUCUCGCAGUGUGUAGCAGAAAACGUUUUGAACAUAGAAGAUAUCGACACUGAAGUCGUCACUAAGCUAGCUGACCAGAUGCGUCUGAUGACGUUCCCUCAGUUGUUUGAGCUGCUGAAGAACAUCUUUGCGAGUUUCCUUCUCUUCCUGCAGAGGAUCAAGGUCGGUCAGAUGUCCUCAGGCGCGUUCGGCCGCGUGGUCCUAGAGGUCCUUGUCCCUUCCAACCAGAGACUGCGACUCCUCGAGAGGGAGGCCCGGCUCGGGGUCCGCGGCCCAGAAGGCGGCUCCCCACGGCCGUCGCUCCCGCAGGGGGAGGCCGAGCUGGCCUACCUCACCCACGAGGGGCUGUUCAUCAGCGACGCGCUGAACGAGGCCCGGCAGCAGGCGGCCCGGGAGCAGAGCCCCCCCGAGCAGAGUCGGGCGGAGGCGGCCGGCGGCGGCGGCGGCAGCGACUCGGCGGUGACCUCCGUCAGCAGGGAGCAGAGCCUCAUGUCCGGCGAGACGGCGAUGCCCACCGACCUGGAGCUCAACCGCGUGACCGGCAACCUCCAGGAGCUGCUGCACACGGCCUGCGACGUCAGCCACGACCGCUGCGUCAAAGUCCUCACGGCCAGAGCCAAGGACGGCUCCCUGGAGCGCCUCAGCUCGGCCGAGUUCGUGUCGCUCUCUCGGGCCGUGGAGGCCUUCGUCGGGGACACGGAGGAGCUGUGCAGCAGGCGCAGCGUCUCCCUGCGGGGGGCGCUGCAGAGCCAGGCCAACCGCUUCGUGCACCGCUUCCACGACGAGCGCAAGACCAAACUCAGCCUCCUCAUGGACAACGAGCGCUGGAAGCAGGCCGACGUCCCCGCCGAGUUUCAGGACCUGGUGAACUCCAUCGCGGGCGGAAGGAUAGCGCUGCCGGAGCGCAAAGUCCCAGGUCAGGAGGACCGGAAGCCCGCCGACUUCCUGCUCGUCAACGGGCAGAAGUACGCCGUGGUCGGGACGGUUCUGCUGCUGAUCCGGAUCUUUCUGGAAUACUGUCAGUGCGUCAACGACAUCCCGUCCAUCGCCACCGACAUGCUGACCCGCCUGUCGGACCUCCUCAAGCACUUCAACUCCCGGACUUGUCAGCUGGUUCUGGGAGCCGGCGCGCUGCAGGUCGUCGGCCUGAAGACCAUCACCACCAAGAACCUGGCGUUAGCUUCCCGCUGCCUGCAGCUGGUGGUUCACUACAUUCCCGUCAUCAGAAGUCACUUCGAGACCAAACUGCAGCCCAAACAGUUCAGCGUCCUCAGACACUUUGACCACAUCACCAAGGACUACAACGACCACGUGGCCGAGAUCUCUGCCAAGCUGGUGGCCAUCAUGGACAGUCUGUUCGAGAAGGUUCUGUCAAAGUACGAGGUCAAGGCCCCGAUGCCCUCGGCCUGCUUCAGAAACGUCUGUAAACAGAUGGCCAAGAUGCACGAGGCCAUUUCUGACCUUCUGCCCGAGGAGCAGACGCAGAUGUUGUUCCUGAGGAUCAACGGCAGUUUCAAGACGCACCUGAAGAGGCAGCUGGCUCGCCUCGGGGUCGUUAACGACGGGGGACCUCAGCACGGGCUGGUCGGGGUGGACGUGGCGUUCUACACGGAGAACGUCCAGGUGCUGAAGAGCCUCGACCGGCUCGACCUCAACAUGGCGGAGAUCUGGGAGCAGAAGAGGUGAUGGAGGACGCCGACGGGACGGCCAGGACUCACAGACGCCUCGGCCCCCGGGGGGGUUCAGAGGGACCAAAAACCCCGAAGCGGGUGAAGCAAAGCAGCGUCACGCUGGAGGGGGGAGGGGCUUCCUCCACAGCGCCACCUUAAUAAGACUUGAGUGGAGAUAUCAGCGACUCGGUGGGAGUUUAAGAAGUGUAAUUUAUUUUUCUCUCUUGAGAAACAUUUGAUUCUGUGGGCAACUUUUCCUCCAGAGGUUUCAGCCGGGGGGGGUUGCAUCAUCCACGCACACUGAAGCAAAGGAUUCUGGGUGUAACAGCGUUUCCUUCCUGCGUCUGGCCGAAUCACCGGCUCCCUUUGUGGUUUUGUUUCGCUGCGGUUCGUUGGAUUCUUAAGUCAGGGGUAUUUUUUUGGGGACGUGGUGCGUUCGGAGUCCCGGACGUCUCGACGGUUCGAGACCUGGAGACAAACAAACGUGUGAUCCGAGAGCUAAGUCCCGCCCCUCCUCCCCCCCAAAACCUUAAUCAAACAUCCAGAGCCCCCCGCUGCAUCCUGUCCCUACCAAAGUAAAACACUUUCCAAAUGGGGACAUAAACUCUUCUAUGACACUAUUGUUUCCUGUCCAAUUAUGCAUUAAGUUUUCUUCCGACGCGGAGACACUUUUUAUACGCGCGCUCGCCGAUGAGUUUGACUGCAGAA